GGCGUGUAGCUGUCCAUUUCCGACCAUGAGAACUACCGCCCGAGAAGGGGACGAAAGAAAAAAAUGCCCGGAGAAGACGGCAAGCUGGAGCCUGGAAUCGGUCGUCCUCCUCUCCCCCCACCCCGCCCCUCCCCGUCCGUCUCCCCGGACCUCCUCCUCCUACUUUAACCCCACCCGGCCUCCCCUGCUCGUCCUGUCCCCCCUUAACCUCCCCUCCUCCUCCUCCUGCGGUCCCAAACUCCCAUCCUUCGAUUCAGGAGGCAGGCAGGUUCGAGGGGGGAUCGGCUCGGCUCCAUUGCGCGUGAUUCGACUCAUUUGUGGCUGCAUCUGGCCGUUUCUUGCGUAGUAGGAACGUCAAUCGAUUUCUUGGAGCCCCGGGUGCUCCCUCGAGGUGUUGCGGCAUUUCCCGGCUCCUUGGUUGGAUUUCCUCCGGUGCCGUGUUGGCGUGCUGUUGUUGAUUGGUCUGGAAGAUGAUCAAGUGGGGACUCAUCAGCGGGACGCCGGCGGAUUCCUACUACGAGGUCCGAUCGGAUUGCGCGGAUGAUGUGCCCAAGAGCAAGUUCAAGAUUAAGGCUGGCAAAACGUUAAGUGCUCGAAAAUGGCAGGCUGCAUUUAGUCCUGACGGCUGUCUUGAUAUUGCCUCAGUCCUAAGCCGGAUACAAAGAGGAGGUGUCCAUCCGACAGUCAGGGGGGAGGUUUGGGAAUUCUUACUUGGCUGUUUCGAUCCCAGGAGUACCUUCGAUGAGAGGGAGGAGAUCAGACAAAUGAGGAGACUACAGUAUGCUAGAUGGAAGGAAGAAUGCCGAGAUAUGGAUUCUCAUGUUGGUAGCGGUAAAAUUAUCACAGCGCCACUUAUCACUGAGGAUGGCAGACCUAUUAAGGAUCCGCUGGUUUUACUUGAGGCUACUUCAGACCGGAACACUUCAGAAGGUGCUUCGACUAGCAGCAAAAAUGGAAAUGAUGUAGAUGAUUGUGCAAACCGCAUUACAGAUAAGCAAAUUAUUGAAUGGAAGCUGACAUUACAUCAAAUUGGACUUGAUGUGCUACGUACUGAUCGCACCAUGGUAUUUUAUGAGAACAAAGAAAACCUUUCCAAGUUGUGGGAUAUUCUAGCCGUGUAUGCAUGGAUUGACAAAGAUGUUGGUUACUGUCAAGGCAUGAGUGAUUUAUGCUCACCAAUGAUAGUGCUACUCAAGGAUGAAGCAGAUGCAUUUUGGUGCUUUGAGAAAUUGAUGCGUAGAUUGCGAGGGAAUUUCAGAUGCACAGAUCAAUCUGUGGGAGUUGCCAACCAACUUCAACAUCUUGCAUCUAUUAUUCAGGUUCUUGACCCAAAGCUACAUGGCCACCUAGAAACUCUCGGUGGAGGUGACUACCUUUUUGCAUUCCGUAUGUUCAUGGUGCUAUUUCGGCGUGAAGUAUCAUUUGGAGACUCCUUAUAUCUCUGGGAGAUGAUGUGGGCUCUAGAAUACGACCCCGACAUCUUUUUUGCAGCAUGUGAAGAACAAGGUGCAGUACACAAAAAUAAAGUUUCUAAAUCAAAACUGAAAGGACUGCGCCAUUUUGGAAAGUGGGAUAAGGAAAAUACAAAGAAUGGGGCUGAGGAUGGCGAAGAAGGUCCAGUUCCAAUUUCAGUUUUCAUGGUUGCAAGUGUUCUUAAGGAAAAGAGAGAAAAGCUAUUACAAGAAGCUAGAGGACUGGAUGAUCUUAUUAGGAUACUGAAUGAUGUAAAUGGGAACUUAGAUGCAAAGAAAGCUUGUGCUGGAGCUUUGAAACUUCACAAGAAAUACCUGAAAAAGGUACAAACAAAGAAACCUUAAGAACCCUCUGGAAUAUACCCCUUCAAUGGGCUAUUCUUUUACAUUUGAACAUACACAACGACCAUAUUCUACACAAAAUAUCGAGCGAAGGUUCUGACAGGUGGUCAUCAUCUAAAGAUGUCCCCGGAUACACCGACUCUAAAGUUACCAGGUAAUUUGGUUGAGUACAGGAUGAGUGCAACCUAUUGUAUGUAUAUCACGUUCUUUGUACUCCACAAUUUUGUUGAUUGUACAGACAGAAAGGCGGUGUGGGUAGAAUGCAUGCCUUGGCUACAUAAUUUUUUCAAUACAAGUUGAAAUGAGCAACACCUUUGCACCAGAA